AUAGGAUCUUUGGACAGCAACUGUUACCAUGCCAACGCAGUGGCUACACAAGCUAAGCGGCAGCAGAGGAUGUCCGAACCAGAGGAGCGGGUUCUGCUGGAACUCAACAUGCGGAGGGAGACCUGGUGCCGCGUGGAAACGGACCCGCGUGGGUUCUGGGAGAGACCCGAACGGAGGCACUACCGGAACCACCUGAGGAGCAGCGCGGUGCUGCUGAGCGCUCUGACCGGCGGAGAGCAGCGCAGCGCGGCCCGCAGCGAGCGGCGGAUCCCGGUGAAACUCCCGGAGAGGAAACACUUUGACCAGAGCUACACGUCUCACCUGCAGUGAAGCAGACGACCAGGAGAUAAAAGCAGAACUUUCUGGGUUCGGUCAGAACCGCAGG